UUCAAGCUUAGAAAUGGAUACAAAACACCCAAAAAUAAAAAAGUCUGACCAAAUAGUUUGGAGCUUGGAGGAACUUUCAGGAUCAGGCCAUGCCAAGACUUAUAGAUGUUCCUUUUGCAAAAAAGGCUUCUCAAACGCACAAGCGCUAGGGGGUCAUAUGAACAUCCACCGAAAAGACAGGGCCAAGCUUAGAUCAGAAUCCUCCGAAGAAAACAUACUUUCUUUGGACAUUGUGAAGAUGAAAUAUCCUACUGAUCACGAUCAUUCCCAGGUUUCCGAAAUCAUACUAGAAUCUAGUGAAGAGAAAAGUUCAAGUCCUAAAAGACCAUGUAAACUUUCCAGGGAGGAUGCUUGUGCCAGUGCCAGUCCUGGGGGCAAAGAUGCCAUUGAAGAAGUUAAGCAGCUAACGUUAUUUGUUGAGGGGCCUUCGAUGAGUGAUGAGGGUUGUUGGCGGUUGAUUCAUGGUUCUUCAUCUCAGAUAGAAUUGGACCUUGAGCUACGGUUAGGCCCCGAGCCUCACCAGGAGACAAGUAGUAAGAAUUAA